UCCUUCCUCCAGUCCUUAUUUAUAGCGUUCUUCAUUGCCGCUUGUCUAUCUUCCCUCUCUUUACGCCAUUUCCAUCACCUCUCGCAAGAAAUUCGAACAGUAUUACAGUGUGAGCGGCGUUCCCGCAUACCGCAGCCGAGGUCGACGACAAUGGGAGCUUCCUCCAACGGCGGUUACUGCGCCUCCAACUAUGCGUCUUACUGCCAGAAUCGCAGAUUCUCGAAGGAAGUACUCGACAACGUCCAUGGCACCAUCUAUUUGGACCCGCUUGCUCUGAAGUUCGUCGAUACUGAACAAUUUCAGAGGCAAGCUUCGGGAUCUCAAGCAGCUCGGUGAUUGUUAACACUUUUGCAGAUCCAUUCCUAAACUAUUCGUUUUGCACCUUCUGCUCACUCGAUUUCCACUCAGAGUCAGAGUUACUUGUUUGCAGGACUAACAAACACGGUAUACCCUGGAGCAGUGCACUCUCGGUUCGAGCACUCCUUAGGUGUAUACCAUCUGGCUGGGGAAGUAGCCUACCGUCUAAGAGCUCAGCAGGAUCCGGACUUUCCCGUUGAGGAUUUUGAUAUAAAGACCGUGAAGCUUGCCGGAUUACUGCAUGAUAUCGGACAUGGACCAUUCAGCCACACGUUUGAGCGUCAAUUUCUUCCCCGAUUUCUUAGUGGCGCCCCAUGGUCUCAUGAGGACAUGUCUAUCAGCAUGAUAGAUUACAUUGUGGACAAACACCACAUUGACAUUGAACCAGAAUGCCUAAAGAAAGCAAAGAAAAUUUUCAAUGUGUUAAGUUUGUUAAUUGUUGAGAUCUCUAUGGGUGCAGAGUCCCACUGAGAAGCAGUUUCUUUAUGACAUUGUUGCAAACGGCCGGAAUGGAGUAGAUGUUGACAAGUUUGACUACCUUGUUCGGGAUUCACGGGCUUGCGGAGUUGGCUGUGGUUUUAUGUUCCCAAGGUUAAUGGGAUCCAUGAGGGUUUUGGGUGAUGAGAUUUGUUACCGUGCCAAAGAUUAUCUCACAGUCUACAAGCUGUUUUCCACUCGAGCAGAAAUGCACCGCACAGUCUAUACACAUGCUAAAGUGAAGGGGAUUGAACUCAUGGCUGUUGAUGCCCUAUCCAAAGCAAAUGAGUCCCUUGGAAUUGCUGACGCUGUUCAAAACCCUGGAGAGUUUUGGAAGCUGGAUGACACAAUAUUGAAAAGAAUCGAAGUUGACGAAAGACCAGAACUCAAAGAGGCCAGAGAUUUGGUCCUACGCAUCAGAAGAAGAGAUAUAUACCAGUUCUGCAAUGAGUUUGCUGUUCCUAAGGAAAAGCUAGACCACUUCAAUGACGUCACUCCACAGGAUAUUAUAUGCUCCCAGAAAUCUAGUGAUGUUACACUGAAAGAAGAAGAUAUUGCUGUGAGCACUGUCCAGAUUGACUUAACCCGUGGAAGUUCCAACCCUCUUGAGAGCGUUAAGUUUUUUCAGGACCACGACAGCACGGACAAAUUCACGAUACCAGUGGAGCACAUCAGUCACUUAAUCCCUGCUGUUUGCCAAGACAAGAUCGUGAGAGUGUACGCCAAGAAACCUGAACUGGUGGAGGCAGUUUCACAGGCCUUUGAGAACUUCCAGAUGACUACAUAUGGAGUGAAAGGAAUACUUGCGACUCCUGAGAAGAAGAGGAACGGCAAAAGGUUGUUCCCGUACUGACGAAAAUCGCCCUCCCCCCUCCUUCAGGAACUACAUAGAUGAUUCAUGAUCGUAUUGGUACGUUUAGAUAACAUCAACAAAUAGGAAAUUUUGCUAUUCUGAGCAGUAGCCUACUCAGAACUGUACGUAGUCGAAUGAGACCAUACACUUGGUUUGACAAAGUAACCAAUGGUUCAACACCGCAUGUCAAGUAAAGGAAAUUUCUUAGAUGCAUUAGGCCUGUAAAGAAAGUGCAUCGGCCACCAUUUUGGAUGUUACUGUGUUUUGCUUUACGGAAUCAUAUUGUAGAAGAUGAAGCAUGACUUUUGGUUGUAGUUGUUUCCCCCCUCUGUCUCUCAUUUGGGAGCCUGUUUGUAUGAAGGUAUCUUUGAACUCUUCUGGGUUAUUGACCUAAUUUUGAUAUCCUG